AUGGAUUCGAAAGAGUUUGAUCAAAGCUCAUACAAGUGCAAUCUAGCCGACAAAUUGCUUCGGCUUAAGUUUUCACUUGAAGCCAUUGAGUAUGAUAGAAUACUUAAGGUUCUUCAAUUUAAGAAUAUGCACAAUACGGUACAUAUUGAUGAGAAGUGGUUCUACAUAACCAAAGCAUCUCAUAGGUUUUAUUUGACCCCCGGGGAGGUCGAAACACAUGGGACAUGCAAGUCUAAGAAGUUUAUUGAGAAGGUUAUGUUCAUGUGUGCUGUGUGCAGGCCCUUAUUUGCACCAGAUGAGACUGUUUUGUUUGAUGGAAAGAUAGGAAUUUUUCCAUUUACAGAAUGGGUUCCAGCAAAAAGAUCAAGUAAAAACAGAGCGGCAGGGACACUUGAACAGAAACCAAUUCAGUCUAUCAAGAAACAAGUAAUCAGAGAUAACUUUAUUCAUAAGAUUGUUCCAUCCAUUAAGCUUAAAUGGCCAUCUUUUGCAAGCAAAACAAUUUUUAUUCAACAAGACAAUGCAAAACCUCACAUAAAGGAUGAUGACCCUGAAUUUAGAGAGGUGGCAUGUGCUGAUGGGUUCAACAUAAGGAUAGUGCAUCAACCACCCAAUUCCCCGGAUACCAAUCAAUGA